AUGGUCGGAUACAAGGACCAUGCAUCGUACAAAGCAUACCUCAACAAUGGCGAAAGACCAGACGAGCGCCUCCUACCACCGCUUGCCACAAACUCAGCUGGGAGCGUGAUUCUAAACCCCGGCGAGCUGUACUGCCGAUUCCGGUACGGCGAGGAUGGGAUUUGUAGUGAAUCACAUCAGUUCUCGUCGGAAUCAGCGCUCCGAAACCACUACAAGAAUGUACAUCAAAUCGUUCCCGAAGAACGACGCUCGGGGCGGCUAGACCGCUCAACCCAGAACGAUAUGAUCCGUUGGUAUUCCGCGCUGGGGGCAAACAUCCAGCACAGUUGGGUACCACGAAAGGCAAAGGUUCGCGGCCAUUCACCAGAGCCUCAGCCUUUACCAAGUCUCCUAUCACUACAAGGUGCGCAGGCACCAGCGCCUAUCUUUGGGCCGCAGGCCGCGCCUGCUGAGAAUGGUGAAGGACCAGGCGGUGCCCCUCUGGGCAGGGGCCGUCGACCUCGCCGUCGUUUGACUCGUGCUCAGCGCCGCAGACGUCGAGAGCAGCUCCAGCCUGCUGAGGGUCCUCGUUCUUCUGAGGAUCCUGUAAAAAACGAGGACCCUGAAGAUCUCAUGUGA